AUGACUCUCUCAAGGAAAACUUCAAUCUUUGGGUUGCACUUGUGGGUCGUUCUGGGUGUCUGUGUUGGAGCUGCCAUUGUUCUUAUUCUCUUCCUCAUCUCUCUGUGGUUCACCUCAAAGCGAAACAACACACACAAACCCAAGCCAUCUCAUCAACACACCAUCCCAAAUGUGUCAAGGGACAUCCAAGAAAUCAGAAUCGACCACGCACGUACUGAUCAUUCAAAUGGAAACCAUGCCAGAGUCCAACCCAACUCUUGUCUAGAAUUGGAACAAUUCACUGGGGUUGAGAGACAAGCUCUGCUGUUGAAGCCAGAUGAAGAAAACCCAAUUGGGUAUCCGAGAAUUCACAUUGAGAUUGGAAAGGAUCAUAGGAUUGUCUAUCCUGAAAGGUUUGGAGGGUUGUGUUCACAUGGGUGUAAUGGUGAGACUAGAUUAGGUGAUCAGGUGGGUAUGGCGGUUCCUGAAGUUUCACAUUUGGGUUGGGGACACUGGUACACUCUCAGAGAGCUUGAAGCAUCCACAAAUGGGUUUGCCGACGAGAAUGUGAUUGGUGAAGGGGGUUAUGGAAUUGUUUACCAUGGUGUGUUACAGGACAACACUCAAAUUGCUGUCAAGAACUUACUCAACAAUAGGUGCCUUCUUGUUUCUUAUAUCACAUGA